GGGGAGUUUAGGUUUCUCUUCGAAGCUUCUGGAAGGAUUGAGAGAGAGAGAUCUCAGAGGAAAAUGGCAGCUACAAGUGAGAAACAGAACAACAACAGCUCAAAGCCUCCUCCUACUCCUUCUCCUCUCCGCAGUUCCAAGUUCUGUCAGCCUAACAUGAGGAUCUUGAUCUCGGGAGGAGCUGGCUUCAUUGGCUCUCACUUGGUUGAUAAGCUCAUGGAAAAUGAGAAGAACGAGGUGAUUGUUGCUGAUAACUACUUCACUGGAUCAAAAGAAAACCUCAAGAAGUGGAUCGGUCACCCAAGAUUUGAGCUCAUUCGUCACGAUGUUACGGAGCCUUUGUUGAUUGAGGUUGAUCGGAUCUACCAUCUUGCUUGUCCUGCCUCUCCUAUCUUCUACAAGUACAACCCCGUUAAGACCAUCAAGACCAAUGUGAUUGGUACACUCAACAUGCUCGGUCUCGCCAAGCGUGUUGGAGCAAGAAUCCUGCUCACCUCGACCUCGGAGGUCUACGGAGACCCUCUCAUCCACCCUCAACCAGAGAGCUACUGGGGAAACGUCAACCCUAUUGGUGUUAGGAGUUGCUACGACGAAGGCAAGCGCGUAGCCGAGACGUUGAUGUUUGACUACCACAGACAGCAUGGCAUUGAAAUCCGCAUUGCUAGGAUCUUCAACACGUAUGGUCCUAGGAUGAACAUAGAUGAUGGGCGUGUGGUGAGCAACUUCAUUGCUCAAGCACUUCGAGGUGAGGCUUUGACAGUUCAGAAACCGGGGACGCAGACUCGCAGUUUCUGCUAUGUGUCAGACAUGGUGGAUGGACUUAUCCGUCUCAUGGAAGGAGAUGAUACUGGUCCUAUCAACAUCGGUAACCCAGGUGAGUUCACAAUGGUGGAACUGGCUGAGACAGUUAAGGAGCUGAUUAACCCGAGCAUAGAGAUAAAGAUGGUGGAGAACACACCGGACGAUCCAAGACAGAGGAAACCAGACAUAACCAAGGCUAAAGAAGUGUUGGGUUGGGAGCCAAAGGUGAAGCUCAGAGAAGGACUUCCUCUCAUGGAAGAAGACUUCCGGCUAAGGCUUAACGUCCCCAAGAAUUAAAGAAAUGUGAAGGCACAGGAGAACAACGUUUUAAGAGUAUAUGGUGUUUCAUUAUAUACUACAGAGUGAUGGUUUGGUUUCAUACUUUCAUGUAUUGUUAUUGAUCUUUCCUUCUAUUCAUAGAAAAAUAAGUUGGGAAAGUUUUUUUUUUUUCUUUUCUUAAUGAGGAUCGACUCUUUUUGUUUGAAUAUAUUGCGGUAUGGUUAUCGUGUCA